UGGUCCAGUCGAACGAUGCAGCCCUAUAUGAGUUUGACUGCAUAUUUUAUUGACAACUGGACUCUGCGAAGCGUCUGCCUUCAAACAGCUUACUUUCCCGAUGACCAUAAAGGUGAAAUAAUUGCGCGGGGCUAAAAGAAGCUCUAACCUCCUGGAACCUUGAUGAAGACCGACUCAUCUGUAUGACAACAGACAGCGGCACCAACAUAAUAAAAGCUCUGAGAGACAAUGAGUGGCCCAACCUCCAGUGCUUUGGACAUAAACUGCACAACGCUAUAGAGAAUGGUGUGAAGGACCCAUAAAUCGAUCGUGCCAUUGGGGUUUGUAAAAAGGCGGUUGCUGCCUUUUCCUAUAGUUGGAAGAAAAGACGAGAGAUGGGUGAAGUACAGGCUGAGCUUGGUCUACCCACUCAUCAGCUGGUAACGGAGUCCCCGACCAGAUGGGGUUCACGUCAAAAAAUGAUAGAGAGAUUUCUCGAACAGGAGAAGGCCAUAGUCCGUGUCCUGGGGUCAGACAAGAAAAGCCGUCAUCUUGUGCCCACUUGGCAAGAUAUUGAGGUUUUAGAGUCCGUAAAUAAAGCUGUCAAGCCACUCCAACAAUUUACAGACGCCCUGUCCGGGGAGGCUUAUGUCAGUGUCUCCUACAUUAAACUGGUGCUGCAUUUGUUCAAAACAAAUCUCCUACAGCCAGAGGAAGAAGACACCGAAUUCACUAAAACAAUAAAAAGAAACAUAAUGCGGUACCUUGAUGACAAAUACAGUGACCCUGUGAAGAAUGAACUCUUGGACAUGUCCUCACUGAUGGACCCCAGGUUCUGUACAACCUACAUUGACCCAGACAAGGUGGAACAAGUCAAGAAGAGAGCUGUCACUGAGCUGAUGUCUCUGCCUGCUGAAAAAAGUACACCACAGCAAUCUGGUCCAGCUGUGCAGGUGUGCCAAGGAGAAGCACAGCCUCCGCCCAAUAAGAAAAUGACUUUAGCUGCUUUCUUCAAGAAGAAUGUGCCAGAGCCAUCUUCUCACCAAUCAGAGGCAGUGAAAGUAGAGACAGAGCUGGCAACCUACCUACUGACCCCUGAGGUAGACCCAGACACUGAUCCACUUCAGCGGUGGAAGCGUCACGAACCAAACUUCCCAAGGCUCAGUAAUUUGGCCAAAAAAAUACUUGUCUGUCCCUGCUACAAGUGCCCCAUCAGAGAGGCUUUUCAGUGUGGGAGGGGGCAUUGUUACAUGUAACCGGGCAUGCCUCAAGCCAGAGGUAGUAGACAGGCUUGUCUUCCUGGCUAAAAAUGCAUAAAAGAAAAAUGUUGAAACUAAAGUAAUGGAUGCAGAUGUUUCAUUUUGUUUACAAUUUGAGGGAUUCAGGAAAACUGUUUAAAGUUUUGUUUGCACUUUAUGAAUACCACUGUUAAGUAUUUAUUUUUGUAAUACAUCUAAUUUUGUGAUUUGUUACACAGUUACACAAAAGCAUUUUAUCAA